GGAGGUCUACUUCGGUUUGCAAAAACGACCGUAACACCAGUCAUAGUCUCCAACAACCAAAGCCCAGCUUUAGUUAAACUUAUUUUCAGAGGUAACGGUGGAGCUUUUCCUCUUGCAGCAUUUUCACAUGAUAGAAAUGCCAAGCUUGAAGCUCUUUUCAGCAAUGUUUAUCAGGAGGGAAGCUACGCUCAACAAACUAUGACUACAGGCUUGUUUUACAGCGUUGAAUACAAGUCGCCAUCAGACACAUCAUCUCCUGGAGAGUUUCAAAAACUUGCACGAAUUGGUGGUCUGAAAAGUUUGGAAUAUCCAGAACCUCCAGCGUCAUUCGUUUGGCUAAUUCCACCUCCUUUUAAAGUCACUGGGAUGUGCGCAGCAAUAUCGACUCUUUUCCAGUUUAAUGACGAUACAGUAAAUAAUGUAGCUCCUAACUCCGUCGAAUCCCUGACCGAGGUAAUAAAUAAAGCUUUUGGCCCUGGAAGCUUUGGAGAGGGAUUGUUUAAGCCAUUUCUGUCCGUACAUAUGGAUAUAACUUUACUGAAAGAGAUUGGUGAGCGAGUAAACGAAAUGCUAAUGAGCACAAUUGGUGAUCACAUUCCUAAACCGCCACCUGCAAGUCCUACUAUCAGACCACCUCCCGGUGCACAUAGUUGGCAAGAAAUUGGAGACUUAGAAGCCUGCCUGUCCUUAUCGAAUUUAACGUUUUGGGAAGAUAAAGUCCUGAAACAGAAAAUCAAAGAUAAACUUAAUCAAGUCUUUCAGUCUAAGUGGAUGACCGAAGAAAUAUUCAAGAUGCGCAACGAAGUGAUACCUCGUUUGCUUCGUGAUGUUUCCAAUAGAUACUCGGCCUACGGUGGAAUAGCCGUCUUAAUUGCCACCAGACUUAGAAGUCGGGAGUUUUUAGAAGAAUUGCUAUCCAAUGACAGGUCUUAUAUACAGCCCAUUAUGGACUCACAUCUUAAAGUACUAGACUUAAUCCGACCAGACUUGGGAAUAGAAGUCAGACAAGAGAUCAUGAGCGCACUCCUUUCGAAAGAGAUAGUGAACCAGCCUUGGACAAUAAUGCAACCGCUUGACAAGGAAAAGCAAAGGGACACCAUAAGUGCGGCCAUUACCGCAAUAUAUGAAGAGCCGAGUGUACCWGAAGAAGUCCGAACUACAUUCAUAGACGUCAUGGAGGGCAUAAUAAAUGUCAUGCUUUAUCCUCUGACAAGCACACAGCUUGGAGUGUUUAGCAAUUUCCUUGACAUGAAAAAGCUCGACGUUCUAACAGCUACUCUAACAACAAUAAAGACCUCCACUGCAAAACUUCAAAGAAGACGAUUAUUUGGGGGUAUCUAUGUGCAGUCUUCCACUCUCGAGCCUGACAUUUCACGUUUUGCUGUCUCAGAUGGUCACGGCACCCGCAAAGUUAAGAGAAAUGAGCGAAACUAUGAUACGUAUGCGUGUAAACAAGUUAGCAAAUAG